AUGCAAGCCGUCGCGCUUCGGUGUGACCUCGGCACUUUGUGGACGCAGCCACGCGUUGCGCAUUUGCUGUGGCACUUUCUGCACGUCACGGAUCGUGUCCGCGUGCAGAGCAUUACUUGGUGGAUUCACGCAGAUAUCAGGUGGUUCAUUUUUGAGCUGCAGCCUGCUUUGCCUGACAGCGACUCCAGCAGUGAGGACGCGCUCCUCCCGCUGUUGCCCGCUCCUGUGGGGCCUCUGCCUCCUUUGCCAGUUCCUGAUGAACCUCGGCCUCAGUCAACUCCUCCAGAAAUCGACUAUGGGGUGAAUGCAUACUUGGCAGCUGGGUUGAAACCGUUGACUGCCAGGGAUGAGACCUUGAGGUUGCAAGCAAUUACGUAUGAGCGGAAGUGCGCCCUGAAAAAGUGGUUGAGCUUAAUCUCUGUGAACUUCCAGGCGUGGGAAAUCGCGAGACGAGCUCUGGGCCCCUUCGAGCCCAGCUUUGCGUGCAAAGGCCUGGUAGACAGUGUCAGAGAUGCUGCGGGAGUUAAGGCUUCAAGCACUUUGCAUAACCGAGCCGGACCCCUGCUCCGGUACGUGAAGUAUUGGAAGGGUCGUGGACACAAGUGCUUCCCCGUGAGUGAGGGGCAGGUCUACUCCUUCUUCAAGGACGGGGGAGAUAUGGCGCCCACCUUUCCAAGGUCCCUGAUGAUCUCCAUCAGCUUCGCUGUGCACGUGUUUGGCUUGGUUUGGACUGAUGACCCGCUGAGAAGCGGGAGGGUCAAGGGCUUGGUCGCUUCCCACUAUGCGACGAAGCGCGAAGAAGUCAGGAGACCGGCUUUCACUGUGGAGCAGAUCAAGGUGUUGGAGAGGAUCGUCAUGGACAGCGGGAGGUCUUCGUAUGACAGAGUCGCUGCAGGGUUCUUUCUGAUGCUCGCAUACGGUCGUUUGCGGUUCAGUGACGGGCAGAGGAUUACCAGCUUCCUGUUGGAUCAACCCGACCCCAACAAGCCUGAGCUGGGAUAUCUGGAGUGUACUGCCAAACGCACAAAGUCGCAGGUUGGCAUGAUCAAGAAGGCAAAGGUCCUGCCCGUGGUGAUCCCGCUGGCUGCGGUGGGUCUCUGCUGGAUCCCUACCUGGCUUGUCCUCCGGAUGAAGGCCGGGCUGUGCUAUGGAGGGUCGGUGCCGGAGACUGAGCCCAUUCUCCCGGCGGUUGCGGCAGGAGGCGGCUGGACUCGAGUCCCCCUUGACGUUUCGGCGGCUAGUGAUUGGUUGAGGCAGCUGUUGAGGCAUACUGCGCAGGUCGGUCCCAUCAAGGUGGGUACUCACAGCGCCAAGGCAACUAUGCUCAGUUGGGCCGCCAAAGUCGGCAUGGAUGAGGGGCCCCGACGCCUGUUGGGCUUCCACGUGAAGACUGGAGACUCCCUGGUCGUCUACAGCCGAGAUGCUAUGUCCCAUCCUAUGCGGUUGCUCGUGCGGCUCAUCCUGGACGUCAAGAACGGCAAGUUCGAUCCAGACUUGACCCGCUCCGGGGCUUUGGCUAGUGAGCUGGCUGGGGAGUCGGAGUCUUCCGAGGGCUCGACGGAUGAAGAGUGCAAGCAGGUGUCGGAAGAAGAGAGGGCCGUGGAAGAUGUCGUCGGCGAGUGGGACCCGGGCCACGGCCCCGACGAACACUUUGCAAGGCACCUUGUCUCACGAUGCAUUCACAAGGAUGUUUCAGUGUCUGAACAAUUUUGGAACGCACUCGCGCAGGCCUACGAAAACGUGAUGGGUGAAGGCAAAGCGGUCUUCAAAGCUCGGGCGGUGGCCGUGGGCCUCGAACCUGAGAUCUUGACGCACCUCGCGAAUGGCGAGAUUGACACGUUGGCUUCGCUGGCCUUUUCUUGCAGCUACACCCCAGGUAGCUCCGAUGACUCGGUCUUUGUGACGCUGAUGGGCAAGCUAUGUGGCAAGGAUCCUGGGGUCAAGCAGUUGGCGUGCCUCCGCAGGUUGUUCGCGGAAGCGUACGCCAUCGUAGCGAGUGACAUCAAGACUCAGGUAGAAUCUUCAGACGAUGUCCCUAUCAAACGUUUGGCACCAGCCGACCGUGCCCAGAGGUUGGCCGAUCAACAGAAGAGGCUGGCCGGCCUCAACUUGAGGGGCCAUUUGGAGCCAGGAGAUGGCCUGGUAGACAGAUGUGCCCAUAUCUAUGAGACAGACCGGCUGGCUUACGUUGAGUGGGCGGCCUGUGUAUCCAGAGACCAUGAGGUGUUGACUGGCACCAAGAAAGACGGCAUGCUGGUCCUUGAUGCUCACGGCCAAGUCAAAAUGUCGUCGAAGCAAGGUGCAGCUCCAUGCGAGACUACCACAGAGCUCCAGGUGCGCUACUGCCUAAUGAGGCGUGGUCUGGCGUUUGAGCAAGCGAAUAUCCUCGAUUAUAAGCUGCGCGACCAGUUGAUCGAAAAGUACUUUGAAUAUCGACUGAUGCCGACACCUCCUGGCUUUGCAGCUGUCGGGAUGGGGCAGAUCGAAGCGGCCGACCGUCGGUUCUUCAUGCUUAUGGCAGAGCGCACGAGGUCGGGGAUCAAAGCCACCGCCAGUGGACGGCCUUGUGACAAGGAGUUCAAGGCAUGCAUCGAGAGCAGUGAGUUCCUUUCGAUGAUCCAGCACAAGCCUUUGGCUGCUGCUGCCAAGGAAGCCUGGACUGAGGAAGGCUCCCCAACCAAGAAGCGCCGCUUGGGCUCAAAGGGCCGAGGCAAGGGCAAGGGCAAAGGCCGCGGUGAGCGGUCCGCAGGAGGCAUUGUUCCGGCCCAGCUACUGCGCCUCGGAUGUGUUGCCUGUACCUCCCGUGGGAACCCCGUGUGCUUUGACUAUUCGCUCAAGAAAUGCGAGCGCAAGGUCACGGGCAACAAGUGUGAGCGCGGCUUACAUGUUUGCGCUGUUGCCAAAUGCCAUGGCAACCAUCCGGCCACGGAAUGCCCACGGGCAUCUAAGGAAGAUGCCUCGGGGGAUGUGCCACGCAAGGGUGUGGCAGAGACGCCUGUGGGCGAUCGCAAGUGUGCGAGUGAGGCGCCGCCUCUACCUGUACAGUCGGUUUCGUUUUCCAAUGUCACAGAAGAAUGCUUCGAUUCCUUUUGCAAGAGUUUACUUGAUGACACCUCUCUGAAUCCAUGCGACCGCAUUUUGCAGUUGCUUGAGCAGGCGCCUGUGCAAGAACCGCCCCGCGAAGGGGCCCAAGCAGGUGCGAAGAGUUUCCAAGUCGGUGUCUACAAUCAUGGAGGGGUUACGGGGCUUCGAGCCGCCACGCACAGAUACCCUCAUGCUUGUCGAAUUUUGACCGACGCCGUUCGGAUGGUGUGUGCUGACCACAUCUUUUCAUCAGUUGCCCUGUUCCGCAACAUACAGGUUGCGCCUCAUGCUGACUCGCGCAACAGCCCAGUGCCAAACUUGAUUGUUCCUGUCACUCUGUUUUCAGGUGGUCAACUGUUUGUCGUGCAUCAGGAUGGACCCGACCGAAACGUGUGUGAUGGGAAAGAGGAGUCAGGCUUUAGCUUGGAUGUCGCUGCGAAGCCCUGGCUGUUCGAUGCAAAACAUUGCAAACACUUCGCGUUGCCAUGGAAAGGGACACGGCUCGUCAUGGUUGCUUUCACGGUGGGCCUCCUCCGAAACCUGUCAAGCCAAGAUGCUGCCGUUGCGGCGGGUCUCGGUUUCAACUUGCCGUCAUGCGACCUGCCUGAACCGGGCUGUUCCAAGCCUACGAAUGCGUCGUUACUUGACCUGCGCCGACCUCCCGGGCCCCGACCCGAAGGAGAACAGUCCCCGGCUGGCCUUCAGUCCCCCGUGACGACCGAGGAAGGGCAGCAACUCCCUGAGAUCAGGGCCCCGGAGGUCGUUGAUGUAUCCAAGGACCCGCGCCACCCUUCAGUGUCCGCGAGGGCCGAUGCUGGGCAGCCCUUCCCCGAGUGCCGGGCCCCGGAGGUCGGUGGUUCGGUAUCCCUGCCGGGUGAUGGUCCCCUUCUUGUUGAGUUGUGCGCCGGAUCCGCCGUACUGAGCAGCGUGGCAUCCACGCGUGGAUUCUCGACACUAGCCGUGGACCAUGCCUUGAACCGUCACACACCCAAAAGCAAGAUUACUGUCUUGGACUUGAGCCUUCCAGCCUCGUGGAGCACGUUGGGGUACAUUCUGGAAAACCGAGAAGUGGCUCUCUUGUUCGCAGCGCCCCCGUGUGGGACUUGCUCCGCAGCGCGGGAAAUCCCGCUGGAGGACGGGUCGAUGGGCCCACCUGUGUUGCGCACGCAUGAGUUUCCCUACGGCGUGCCGGGCUUAUCUCCGCAUAACCGGCUCAAAGUUGAGAAAGCCAAUGCCCUGUAUGAGUGCUUGGCAAAAUUCCUGCUGCUGGCGCAUAAGCGCCGUAUCCCUUGGAUGGUGGAGAAUCCCACCGGCAGCCUCCUUUGGAUCUUGCCUUGUUUUGCAGAGCUUGUCAAACUCGGACGGUUUUCACACUGCGAGUCAUGUGCGUUUGGGGGCCAGCGUUUAAAACGUACCAGCUUCUUGGGCAGCGAUCGAUGGCCUGGAUUGUGUUUGAGAUGUCCGGGGAAUCAUGAACAUGCACCGUGGGGUCAGUCUGCGGAUGGGUCCUUUGCCACGGCCCUCGAAGCUGAGUACCCUUCGAAGCUGUGUCAUGCUGUUUGUGAUUUUGCUGAACACAUGUGCCGUGAGAGGGCGCUUCCCUUAGGUUCUGCUGCUCCCCUGGUGCCGAGGGCUUAUCGUCAACCCCGGGGCCGGCUGCAUCCGCAGGUCAUCCCUGAGUACCAGCAUACCGUAUCCACCAUUGUGCCUGCGUCGCCGUCUCUCGACGACAAACAAUGCCUGCGUACUGCUUUGCAAACGCCCAGGGGUCUCCUACCCGCUGGGAACAAGCUUCUGCGUUCCGAAAAUAGGGGAGGUGGUAAGUGGUUCUGUGUCUUUGGUGUGUUUUGGGAUCCCUUGUCCUUUGUAGAAGAGGCGAGGAGGCUUUGGCACCCUUUCGACUCGCUGGCCCACCUGCCAGACUACUUGAUCACCGCCCUUCAUGAGCAGCUUUCCUUGUCACCAAUGGACUUGACUAAGUUGAGGCUGACACGUCUGAAGCAUUGGCAGGAUCUGGCAAAGUCGCUGCGUCAAAAGGAUGCGACUAUGAAAGAGCAACUGCAUCCGGACGUGCAAGGCAUACUGAAAGGGAAACAUCUGGCCUUGUUGGCGCAUCUUGUCGACGAGAUCCAAUGGCCGGACGCGCAUUUGUUGCCUGAGCUGUGCCAGGGUUUCCGACUCGUAGGCCCUGCCAAUAAGUCGGGUGUGUUCAGGGCUGGCUUGGUAGUUGCUUCGCAGGAUGAGUGCCAACUCAUGCGCAGAGCGCCAGAGAUUAGGGAAGGCAUUUUGAAGCGGCUGGAGUCAGAACCAGUGACUGAAUACGCUCAAGAGCUGUGCGACAUCACUCGUGAGGAGGCCGACGUUAAAGGGUGGCUGGAGGGCCCCUUCUCCCCUGACGAAGUCAGUGAUCGCCUAGGAGAAUGGCUCCCUGUGCGGAGGUUUGCUGUGCGUCAGGGGGCGAAACUGCGCCCCAUCGACGACCUGCGUGAGAAUGAGGUCAACUCCUGCUUCUCGAGUGUUGAGAAGGUCACCUUGUCUGCCAUGGACCAUGUGCUGUGGUCGGCUAACAUCUUGGUUGCAUACUUCCGGGAUAGGGGUGCCUACCGCUUUACUUUGUCCACAGGCCAGGUGCUGUCGGGUAAGGUUCAUCACGCUUGGUCCGACGCCGGGGCCGAGUUGCGCAUGUCGUCUCUUGACCUAAAAUCAGCGUAUAAGCAACUCCCCUUGUCUCCGCUCGAUCACAACAAGUCCGUCGUGUGCCUCCGGAACCCUCGGAGUAUGGCUUUGGAGUGCUACAUCAUGAAGACGCUCCCCUUUGGGGGAGCGGCGAGCGUCCCGUCCUUCUUGCGAUGCAGUUCCCUUAUCCACGCCUUGGGGUGCCGAUUGGGGCUUUGCUGGUCGAACUACUUCGACGACUUCCCGGUGAUAUCGCACUCCCUGUGCGCGUCAUCGACCAUGGCCUGCAUGGUGGGUUUUCUAAAGUUGUUGGGGUUCGAUCACGCUAAGGAAAAGCUACUCCCCUUUGAUGUGAAGGCGGAAGUUCUCGGCGUCCAGGUAGACUUGACUGGCGCUCCUAAAGGGGUAAUCCAGGUUAAGAAUAAGGAUAGCCGGGUUGCUGAGUUGUUGCCAGUGCUUGAGGCGGCGUGUCGCGACAAGAAAGUCAUCCCGGCCCACCUGCCAUCUUUCGUCGGCAAACUUCAGUAUGCCGAUGCUCAGAUUUGGGGGAGAGCGGGGCGUUUGGCGUUGCAUGAUGUUAGAGCUUUGGCGCAUACCUCCAAGGUACCUGUGAGCCUGGACCCCAGUGGUCUGGCGGCUUUGAACCUUCUGAAGGAACGCUUCAUGCGGGGUAGGCCUCGCACCUUACUUGCCUCCCGAGGGGAACUCCCGUUCCUCAUGUUCACUGAUGGCGCUCUUGAAGAGGGGCAUGCCAAGCUUGGUCUCCCGCCUGCCACCAUAGGAGGCUUGCUCUUGUGGCCCGGGCGUAGUCAGCGGGCUGAGUAUUUUGGAUGUGCUGUUCCUGAGACCGUGCUGGAAAUGUGGCGCGCGGAUGGGAAGUCACAUGUCAUCGGCCUAGUGGAGCUCUUUGCCGUCGUGGUGGGCAUCCGCACCUGGAAGUCGUACUUCGAGGGAAGGAGGUUGCUAACGUUCAUCGACAACUACGCUGCGCUCGAUGUUGCUAUCAAGGGAUCCGCGUCUGUCAAGCAGUGGCGCGAUUUGUUGUUGCUACUUGAGUGCCCCGAUGAAACGUCCCCCACGCUCAUGUGGCAUGCAAGGGUACCCUCGAAGUCGAACCCGUCAGAUGGGCCCAGCCGGGGUGACACGUCCCUGAUGGAAUCCUUCCACGCUAAGCGCGUCACGCCUGUAUGUCCCGUGACACAGGUGCAGCUGCGGAACUUGUAA